ACCACACAGGUCUGAUCGACUCCGAUCGAGUCGAGUUCAAGUCAAGAGUGACGGGGUGCUCCGGGACUCACCCUUGUCGAGGCUUCUGUCGGUUUUUUUUUUUGACCCGGUCCGAUCGUUUCCAAAAAAAAAAAAAAAAAUGAAAAACUACCAGCAGCCGUACAUCACACCAUCGACGUCGGAGGAGGAGCAAACCGAAGGCAAUGAUGGGGUACAGGAGGCAGGAGCCCGGUCCGGGAAAUCGAACUCCAAGGCAUCCGCACAUCAACUCCAACUCCAACCCGUCCGGCCGGGAGGGAAGGGCUCCUCCGGGUUAGCAACCGGCUCAGCAGCCGCACCAUCCGUCUCCUCCGAUGUUGCGCCAACUCCCACCAAGGCGAGCAUGCUCUCGGUUUCCGUCCCGUCGGGAGCAAAGACCAGCCCGCGAACGUCCCGGGCCCCUUCCUUCCGGCAUUCCUUUCUCCCCGCGCACGACGCCCGCAGCCGCGACUCGGAGACCAUCAACGAGAUCCGCAACGACAUGAUGGUCAACUGGCUCUACGAGCAGCAGCUGCGCAAGCAGUACGCGUCCGGGAUGGACCCCUACGAAGGCGUGGUUCUCAAGAAGGCGCGCGGCACCUUCACCUGCUGCCCCCCGCAGAUGGCCGCCAUCCCCGGCUCGCUGUUCACCGUCGCCGCCCAGAUGAACGUCCGCUGCGCCAUGACGGUGAACACGCCCGUCGUGCGCGCCCUGCUCGACUCCAUCAUCAGCAGGACCGAGCUGGAUCACGUGCCGCUGCCGGACGGCUUGCGCGUGCAGGUGCUGCGCACCAUGACCGACCUGCCGCGCGGCCAGCUGCAUCACUUUGCCGCCUUUGUGGAGGACGUGAGGUUGUUGGUCGUCUGGGAUGACGAACCCGAGAAGCUGCUGGACAGGGCGCAGAACCUCGAGGCUAAGUUCAUCGAGAUCAUCUGGGGCGGCGGGAACGAUGAAGGGGAGGAGGACGAAGACGCGGCCGGCGGGGAAAUCAAGGGAGACGGCGCCGGCGUCGCCGUGCAGGACCCGGGUCCGGGUCCCGGCCAGCUCGAGGAGGCGCUCGGCGGGGAGAAGAGGCCGGUGAGGCUGGAGAGUGCCUGCAUGGUGGCGCUCACGCUGGCGCUGUGGAUCGUGUGUCCCGCCCUGGGCUGGAGGUGGCUGGCCUACCAAUCCACCGUCGACGGCACGUACCUGAGGUUUGCCCUGCUGGCCGCCUGUCCCGUCCAGAUGUUUGUCAGCUUGUUCUUCUUCCAGUCCAUCAUCACUAGUCUGUUCCAGAUCUUUGGCCCCAUCUCGGCCGUGACCAAAAACAGCAAGUACUACAGCGGCAGGGGACCUCGCCGGCUGCACCGCGACCAGGGGCCGCUGCCGCACGUCACCAUCCAGAUGCCCGUCUUCAAGGAGACCCUGAACGCCGUCAUCAAGCCCACCGUGCUCUCGCUCAAGGCCGCCAUCAGCACGUACGAGAUGCAGGGCGGCUCGGCCAACAUCUUCGUCAACGACGACGGCAUGCGGCUCCUCUCGGAGGAGGAAGCCCAGGCCCGCCGCGACUUCUACGACGAGCACAACAUCGGCUGGGUCGCCCGUCCUCCGCACAACCCGAACCCCGGCGCCGACUCGGGCGAGAAGCGGUUCCUCCGCCGCGGCAAGUUCAAGAAGGCGAGCAACAUGAACUACGCGCUGCACGUCAGCAACCGCGUCGAGGACAAGCUGGCCGCCUUCGAGCGCGGCCCCGACUGGACCGGCGAGCAGGAGGACGCCGCCUACGACCGCUGCCUGGCCGAGGUCCUGCGCGAGGACGAGGGCCGCACCUGGGCCGAGGGGAACAUCCGCAUCGGCGACUACAUCCUGCUCAUCGACUCUGACACUCGCGUCCCGCGCGACUGCCUCCUGGACGCCGUCAGCGAGAUGGAGCAGAGCCCCGAGGUGGCCAUCCUGCAGUUUCAGUCGGGCAUCAUGAACGUUACCAACUCCUUUUUCGAAAACGGCGUCACUUGGUUUACCCGUCUCAUCUACUCCUGCAUCACCUUUGCCGUCGCGUCGGGCGACGCUUGUCCCUUCGUCGGCCACAACGCUCUCCUCCGGUGGCGGGCGCUCCAGGACGCGGCCGCCUACACGGACGAGGACGGGUACGAGAAGUACUGGUCCGAGUCGCACGUGUCGGAGGACUUCGACCUGUCGCUCCGCCUGCAGGUCGCCGGCUACACGCUCCGCUACGCCUCGUACACGGGCGACGGCUUCAAGGAGGGCGUCAGCCUGACGGUCUACGACGAGCUCGCCCGCUGGGAGAAGUACGCGUACGGCUGCAACGAGCUCCUGUUCCACCCGCUGCGCUUCUGGCCCGUUCGCGGCCCCUUCACGCCCCUCCUCCGCCGCUUCAUCCUGUCGGCCAUCCCGCUCCCCAAGAAGAUGACCAUCCUCGCCUACAUCGGGACCUACUACGCCAUCGCCGGCGCCUGGGCCCUGACGCUGGCCAACUACUUCAUCACCGGCUGGUUCUACGGCCUGUACGACAAGUACUACCUCGACUCGUUCGCCAUCUACAUUUCCAUCAUUGUCGUCUUUACCGGUUUGGGCAACCUCGCGCUGGCCGUGCUGAGAUACCGCUUGAGCGAGCAGUCGCUCUUGUCAGCGUACUUUGAGAACCUCAAAUGGAUUCCUAUGUUUGCCAUCUUCCUCGGUGGCAUCUCGCUCCACCUGUCACAGGCCAUUCUGUCGCAUUUCUUCGAGAUCGACAUGGUCUGGGGCGCGACGGCCAAGGAGCUCGAGGAGGUCCACUUCGGCUCCGAGAUACUGCGCAUCGUCCGCCGCUUCAAGUGGACCUUCCUCUACUGCUUCGCCUGCACCGCGCUCAUGAUCUGCGGCAACACCGUCUUCCCUGUCGAGUGGCGCAUCAACACCUUGUACAGCAUAUAUCCGCUGGCGGCCACCGUCGUGUCGCACUUUGCGCUGCCCGUGCUGCUGAACCCGGCCUUGAUGAUGUUUACUUGGUAGGCGAGGUGUAGAAGAAGAAGAAGAAGAAGAAGAAGAAGAAGAAGAAGAAGAA